CCUUUUGAUGCAAUUACAACUGCUUUCUUGCAGAUUUCUUGAUUCUCAAAAGGAAACAGUGUGUUUGACUUAACGUAUGUCUUUAAGUCAAACACACUUAAGUGUCAUAAGGUCUUGGAAUAAUCUAGGUUUUUGUGCUAAUUGUUUAAAGGUACUUCAUAGUGUGUUGGAUUUUAAAGUAAGCAAUGAAAAAUCAAAAAAAAAAUAAUUGACAUUUCGCAAAUAACAUGAAUAUAAAAGAACUGAAAAAGUUCAAUCGGAUUUCAUGUCAUACUGAGAGAAACAAAAAGUUAUGCACCUUUUUAUAGAGUAUGAAAAAUUGACUGGGAGGAGACUGACCAAUAGGAUUUAGGUCAGACUGGCUUUGCACGUCUGAAAGAUUAAAUUCUUCCUCCUUUUCCUUUGCAAAAACAAUUCAAGCUCAGUCAGGUUGGACACAGAUCAGCUGCAAACAGCAAUUUUCAAGCUUUCCCACAGAUUCUCAUUUGGUUUUAGGCCUAAACUUCAACUGAAUCAUCCUAAAAGAUGAACUUACUUCAAUCUAAACCAGUCCGUUGCAUCUCUGGUUGCAUGUUUAGGGUUGUUGCUCCACUAGGAAGUGAAACUCCUUCCAGUCUCAAGUCUGCAGUCUUAAAAUAGCAGGACUGACUUUUAUUUAGCUCCACUACUUCAUGUUGCUCCAUCACAUUAAAAUACAUGAAGGUUUGGAGCUGUGACGUUAAAAAAAAAAAAAAUAAAUAAAAAGUCUUAAAAUGUUAUGAGUGCUUUUGCAACGCCUAAUCAGAAUUAUGACCAGAAUUAAUUGAAAUGAGAGAGAAAAACUCCUCCACACACAGCAUAUCUGUUUGCCUUUAAUCUUACCUAAUGACGACCCUUCACCUCCUCCCAUCUCAGGGUCAGGUGACCUCUCCGUCUGCCUUGAAUCCGUUGGGAUUAGUCAACAUACCAGCUGCCUUCCUCUGAUGGCAUUAGUCCAGUAACACCAGCAAGUAAGGAACGUGUUUUAUGGUUUGUUUUUCUUAUUGACAAUUAAGAAGCUCAGAUGGGGAUACAGGCGUUAAAACAAAAGACGAUCUAUAGGGAACGAGUAGAAGAAUUCAGGACGAGGUGUCGAGGAUGAUCUCCUGAUCUUUCCACCGCAGCAGCUUAAUGAGUUAAUGUUCAUUUGAGCUCGUCGCUCUCAUUAGGCAUCAUCACCUCCUGAGCGCCAUGGACGAAGAGUUCACCUGCUCCGUUUGCCGAGACAGCUUCAGCCAGGCCCACCCUCUACCAUGUGGCCACAGCUUCUGCCCCGCCUGCAUCCGUGAGGCCUGGAGCGCUCAGGGGGAAGGAAAAGGUCGCUUCACCUGCCCCCAGUGUCAGGAGGAGCACGGCGAAGUCCUGUGCGACUGCUGCCCUCUCCAGGCGGAGGACAGUCGGCCCCCGAUGGCCGUAAAGACCUGCUUGAGGUGUGAGGUGUCGCUCUGUUCCGACCACCUUCGGCCCCAUCUGGAGAGGCCGGCGUUCAGCUCCCACCUGCUGGUGGAGCCACUGGGGGACCUGUCCCAGCGAAGGUGUCCGGCACACGCGGAGGUAUUCCGCUACUACUGUGUGGACGAGAGGGUGUACGUCUGCGGGGACUGCCUGCUGGAGGGGGCGCACACGCUGCACAAGGUGAAGCCGCUGAGACAGGUGGAGGACGACCUGAAGGUCAUCUUACAGACUCUCCUCAUCAAAGCAGAAAAGAAGCUAAAAGAUGGGGAGAAAGCUCUCAAAGACCACGAAAACAUCGACUCUGCGAUGGCGGACUCCCUGAAGCGGGACGACGGCCAGGUGGAGCGGCUGGACACGGACCUGCAGGCCCAGGUGAAGAAGCUGGUGGUGGCUCUGAAGGAGAUCACCAGGAGGGAAAGGCAGCAGAUCGUAGAGCGUGUGCACCAAGACUGCGCCAAAGUGAGAGACGACAUGAGCCAGACGGCGCACAUUCAGCGCUACCUGAACCUGCUGCUGGCAGAGACGGACCCUUUCCUGCUCAUCUGGGCGUUUCAAUCAGACGACACAAAAUUGCUAGCAGACCUAAACUGCCCACUUUUCCUCCCGGAGCCCAUCAGUGUGGACAGGAAGCACAUCCUGGAAGACGUAGAGGGCAAAUAUCGGGAGUUCAUCACGUCCACCCUCCGCUGCCUCAGCGAGCUCAAGAGGGAGCUCUGUGAGUGGCUCGUUAGUUUCACCCAUCGGCUUCAAAGACCAGCAACAUUACUUAUCUUAACCAGCCCUCUGUCCCUGGACACAAACUCUGCCCAUCCUCUGCUGAGCAUUUCUGACGACCUGCGUUCAGUCGCCCGUGUAAAGAGCCGGCUGCCCUGCGCCGCUCACCCCGAGCGGUUUGACCACUGGCCACAGGUCCUCACCGUCCAGACCUUCUCCUCCGGGACUCACUACUGGGAGCUGGAGGCUGAGGGAUUCUGGGAUGUCGCCGUCUGCUAUCGGAGCAUUGGACGGAAGGGGAAGGAAGGGAAUGCCUUUGGAAACAACAAGGUGUCCUGGAGCCUGACGCAGCAGCACGACAAAAAGCUGUCUGCCUGGCACAACCGCAGGAAGACACGGCUCACGUACCAAAUGGUCGGCAAUCGAGUCGCAGUUGCCGUGGACUACAGCUCCGGGACCGUCACCUUCUCCGAAGUGGGACCCUCCAACACCCUGAUCCACCUCCACACUUUCUCCACCAGCUUCACGCAGCCUGUGUGUUUGGGCUUCGGACUUUAUAAAGCCGAGCUCAAGAGCCGCAUCUCUGUCGUCAAAGUGUGAGCAGGAGGUCGACUCGGCCGGGACUUUUGCCGUGAGCCACGCCUUCGUCCUGACUGGCUGUAACGGCGUUCUCCUCCUAAAAGUGCGUUGAUGGCGCGUCAACAUGGUCGCCUGCUUCAGAAAUGCUUUCUAACAAUGUGAAAUGUGAGCACAGAAACCUGACGCUCAUUAAAAUAAAGAGAGAGGUCUGUUUUGAAGCACAUUUAAAGUAUUCUUAUCCAUUUUUUUAUUAUUUAGGUCUUAUUAGUAGGAUACUCUCUCAUUUCAUUGAAAAUUAAUGUAAAAUGAAACCUUGGAUUUGAGAACACCUAUUCAAAGAGAGAAAGAUCUCAUUGGAGAAUUUUUUUUGUUGACAAAAUCACACAAUUAUUGAGUCAGCACAUCCUAUAAAAUAUAGCUUUAAAAAAAAUUCAAGCACGGUAGAGGACCUAUGAUGCCAUGGGCCAGUUUCUCCUCCAAAAGCCCUGAAAACAUUGUGAGAGCGCCUGGCGACAUAAAGUCUUUUGGUGAAACUCAAAUUAAGAAAAAUAAAUUAUUUUUGACUUUUAACGCAACACAUUUUCCCACAUCCUUAGCAGGGGUGCAAGUCCCUGUGAAGGCUGCUGCAUGUGUGAAUUUCAACCAAAAGGAUUAAAGAGGUCUCACUUCCAAGUCUUAAAAAGAUCAAUAUUUUCCCUUAUUUAUUUGACAAACUCACAUUUGGUAAGUAGCCUUCUGAGAUUACAGCUUUGAAACCGCGCACUGUUUGGCACCAUAGCUACCAGCCAAGCAAAUAAUUAUUAAUUUUGCCGGAAAGA